AUGGCGCCUGCGAUAGGAGAGGAUGCCAAGUUGGCCACUUCCACGCUCUACGACGAGAAUGUUCACUUUGGCACGCAUCUGGAGGUUUGGGGAAGCUGGUAUGACACGGAGAAGCAGUGUUGGGGCUAUGCCUGUUGCAAGGGGACGCGGCCGCGACAGAGACGCUGCCCAAAGACAGCGCCACUUGCGGAGGGCGAAGCCGAGGAGGAGGAGGACUUGGAGGUCAAGGUGAGCCGCCGCGUCGCAGAGCUGCUUGAGAAGAAUCCUGGCUUCUGUGGCGAUGUGCCCACUCCAGACCAGGAGCGAAACUGGUCAGAUGCAGAGCUGCGGAACUACAUUCACAGCAACGGCCUAAUUCGGCCAGCCAGGACAAAGGGCGAGCAAAGGCCUGCGCCCACCGCUGCCGACUGGAAGGUUUUGGAGCUGGAGCCUGGUGCAGACCCUUCCCAGCUCAAGAAG